UAUGUGUGUAUGUGUGUGUGUGCGUGUGUGUGUUCAUCAUCAGUGGUUGUUUCUAUAUUGUUUCUGUUAAUUGUAUGUUCAUUUAUUCAUGUGUGCUAGUGCUUUGCUAGCUAGAUGGCAGUGUUCUUUGAUGAAUGACUGCUUUUAAAUGGAUAUUAUGAGUUAGCAUGCUGAGUAUGAUGUGUUUAGGUGUAUGAAACAGUCCUAGUGAACAUGUGAGGGAAAGGGAUUUGACUUAAUAUUUUACAGUAUAUAGUGCAUUUUGUCUGUUCAAGUUUGGUGUUACCCAUUACUUUUUUCCUGAGAUUGCAGUCUUUGAAAAAAAGUUGUAAAAAUUAGUGUUUAGUGUGAUUUUAAUUAAUAUGCAUUAUUUUGUACAUUCUUAAAGGUUUCAAUGCACACGUCUUUCUUUAUAUGAAGGCUGCACAUGUAUCCUAGUCAUUUAUCUCAUAAAUUGGUGGUAAAGAUUGAUAUGAAAAUCCUUAAUUGAAUCACUACAUAUGUAUCUUUGUUCAUCCUCACUUAUAUACAUUUCAAAACAAAUAUUAACACUUUUUUUAUUAACUAUUUUUUUAGAUGUAUCGCAAGUACAGUGAUUAAACAAAUAAAAAAUAGUUUAUAUGCCUCAUUCAAAACUUUGUGACAAUUACAUGAUUGUAUGAAAUAUGAAAUCUUACGUGUUAAUUCAUUCUAAGUACAGAGUCACUAAUAACAUAAAUGCCGGCCACUGAUAUGACAAAUUAAGACUCAUAUAGAAUACAGAGAGAAAACAGUGAAGGUCCAGGAUUAUGUUUCAUGUUUGUUCAGCCCUCUCUCUGUUUUCUACUACACAGCACUUUUCUCUCUUGCAGAGCUGUAAUGUGAUAUAUCAAUCUUUCUCAAACCCUGAUGGAUCCUCAAAUAAUGAUGUGCAUGCUUUUACAAACCACAGUAAUGCAUUUAAAAUAUACAGACACACAUUUCAUAACAUGCUUUAUAAAGAAUUAGGGGUAACAUGUCACAAUAAGGUCCCAUUAGUUAAUGUUAACUAACAUUAACUAACUGUUUUUGGGUGUACAUAUAUGCAUGGGUUAAAUUUGUGUCUAGAUAUAUCCUACAUUUAAACUAUAAGUUGCUUAAACUUGGUCGGCCUGCACUCAUACACAGACAUGUUCCUGACUGGAGAGCCCAUAGAGAUACUAAUGGAGUGUUGCUAGGAUACAGGCCAGACUCCCAUCAGUCCCUCCCUCUCUCGCUCUUACUGCCUUUGUUCCAGCCUGUCUCUCUCUCCGUCUCUCUGUCUGGAGGGAGGGGUGGAUGUGAUGUAAUGUGCAUGCUAGGCAGCAGUUGGCACAGCAGAGCAGCACUGAGAGCUUAUGAGUGGAAAGAGCAGGAGAGCCAGAGAUGGAUGCAGAGAGAGAGAGGUGGCUGAAUGCCUAAAGGACAGCGUUAUAAUCAGAGAAGUGUUUGGAAAGAGGCUCAGUUCGGUUCCUGUUGAAGAAAAAGGAUUUCAUCAGUAGUACAAGGGAGGAAAGUUAUUUCAGCUGCAGCAGAGACGACCUGCAACACUGUCGCUGUUUGUCUCCCUCUCUGUGUGUGUGUGUGUGUGUGUGUGUGUGUGGCUAGCACUUGCCAACUGCUGUAUGAGUGUUUUUGUGGCUUUGCUCUGGGCUUGGCCUGCUCUCAUCUCGAUCUGCUGUUAAUGUGACUUAAUCCUUUCUCCUGCUCUUUUUCUGCACCUGGUGCGUUUGUGUGUGUGUGUGUGCACCUGUUUGUGUCUUUCCUCUUCAAUCGUCAAAAUGAUGAGACAGGCACCUACGACUCGUAAGCAAACGCGGGCUGGAGUGGGGGUGAAGGUGGGCUCAGGAUCAGCUUCUGCUGGAGAGAUGAGCAGCAGUGAACCCAGCACACCUGCCCAAACACCACUGGCUGCUCCAGUUAUACCUUCACCUGUGGGAACACUGCCUUCGCCGGGGGCUCCUCCCAUCCCGGGACCCAGCAAGGAAGAGGAGUCACUGCGUGCCCAGGUGAAGGAUCUGGAGGAGAAGCUGGAGACGCUGAAAAUGAAGAGGACAGAGGACAAGGCAAAGCUGAAGGAGCUUGAGAAGCACAAGAUUCAGCUGGAGCAGCUACAGGAGUGGAAGAGUAAGAUGCAGGAACAACAAAAUGAACUUCAGAAACAACUCAAAGAGGCCAAGAGGGAAGCUAAGGAAGCUCUUGAAGCUAAAGACCACUACAUGGAAGAGAUGGCAGAUACAGCAGAUGCCAUUGAGAUGGCCACACUGGAUAAGGAAAUGGCUGAAGAACGGGCCGAGUCACUGCAACUGGAGGCUGACGCUCUAAAAGAGAGAGUGGACGAGCUGACCAUGGACUUGGAGAUACUCAAACAUGAGAUAGAGGAAAAAGGAACAGAUGGAGCAGCAUCUAGUUACCAUGUGAGGCAGUUAGAGGAGCAGAAUGCUCGACUGAAGGAGGCUUUGGUGAGGAUGCGUGACUUAUCUGCAUCAGAGAAACAAGAGCAUGCAAAGCAACAGAAACUAAUGGAGGAGAAGAAUUUUGAGCUGGAUGCGCUGAGAUGCCAGAGAGAGAAACUACAGGAGGAAGUGAAGAUGUCUGAGAAAACGAUUGAUGAGCUCAAAGAACAAGUGGAUGUUGCUCUCGGGGCGGAGGAGAUGGUGGAGAUGUUGACCGAUCGUAAUCUAGACCUGGAGGAGAAAGUACGGGAGCUCCGAGAAACUGUCUCAGAUCUGGAAGCCAUCAAUGAGAUGAAUGAUGAGCUGCAGGAGAACGCCAGAGAGACGGAGCUGGAGUUGAGAGAGCAGCUGGAUCUGAGUGCUGCCAGCGUCAGGGAGGUGGAGAAGCGGGUGGAGGCGGCACAAGAAACAGUGGCAGACUAUCAGCAGACCAUCCAGAAAUACAGAGAGCUCACCGCACACCUGCAGGAGGUGAACAGGGAGCUGAUGAGCCAACAGGAAGCCAGCACCGAGCAGCAGCAACAGCCCGCAGAGAUCUUCGAUUUCAAGAUCAAAUUUGUGGAAACCAAAGCGUACGCCAAGGCCAUAGAAAUGGAGCUGCGUAAAAUGGAGGUAGCUCAGGCUAACAGACAGGUGUCACUGCUGAUUUCCUUCAUGCCUGACUCCUUCCUGAAACACGGAGGAGACCAUGACUGCAUCCUGGCUCUGCUGCUCAUCCCACGACUCAUCUGCAAGGCAGAGCUGAUCAGUAAGCAGGCCCAGGAGAAGUUUGAGUUGACUGAGAUGUGCUCUCAGAAGCCUGGCUUGAGAGGAGCCGUCGGAGAGCAGCUGAGCUUCGCUGCUGGACUCAUCUAUUCUCUCACACUGCUACAGGCAACACUGCACAAAUAUGAACAUGCUCUGAGUCAGUGCAGUGUGGACGUGUACAAGCGUGUGGGUUCUCUGUACUCUGAGAUGAGCGUUCAUGAGCGAUCCCUGGAUUUCCUCAUAGACCUCUUGUACAAAGACCUGCUGGAUGAAACAGUCAAUGUGCAACCCCUUACCAAAGCUAUUAAAUACUAUCAGCACCUUUACAGCAUUCAUCUCGCUGAACAGCCUGAGGACUGUACCAUGCAGCUGGCAGACCACAUCAAAUUUACCCAGAGUGCUCUUGACUGUAUGGCAGUGGAGGUGGGGCGUCUGAGGGCCUUCAUACAGACAGGACAGGGCGAGGAAGCAUUUUGUGUGCUGCUGAAGGAUCUGGACACUUCCUGUAGUGACAUACGACAGUUCUGCAAGAAGAUCCGUCGUCGCAUGCCAGGCACAGAUGCACCAGGCAUCCCAGCUGCCCUCAGCUUCGGAACUCAGGUGUGUGAGACCCUGGCAGAGAGCAGAAGGCAGCUGGCCUGGGUGAAUGCAGUGCUGCAGGAAGUGGCAGCGGCAGCCGCUCAGCUCAUCGCCCCUCUCAGCGAACAUGAGGGACUGCCAGACGUCAAACUGGAAGACAUGGCCUUUAAAGCAGCUGAACAGAUCUAUGGGUCGCAGGGCAUAAACCCUCAAGAGUGUCUGCGCCAGUCAUGCAGUGUUGUCAUAGCCACCAUGAACAAGAUGGCUACUGCUAUGCAGGAGGGAGAAUAUGACUCUGAAAGACCACAGAAUGGAAUAUCUCCUGUGGAAGUCCGAGCGGCAGCACUAAGGGCAGAAAUCACUGAUGCUGAAGGACUCGGCCUCAAACUUGAAGACAGAGAAACUGUCGUCAAAGAGCUGAAGAAAUCCCUUAAAAUAAAGGGAGAGGAACUAAGUGAGGCCAGUGUGCGUCUUAGUUUACUGGAGAAAAAGCUGGACAGUGCAUCUAGAGAUGCGGAUGAGCGAGUGGAGAAGAUCCAGAUGGUCCUAGAUGAGACAAUUUCGCUCCUGAAAAAGAAGGAAAAGGAGUUUGAGGAGACCAUGGAUGCUCUCCAGGCUGACAUAGACCAACUUGAGGCAGAGAAAGUAGAACUCAAGCAGAGAAUCAUCAGCCAAUCAAAGAUGACCAUGGACGGCCUGAGAGGAAGCCAAGCCUCUGGCAUUGCCUCCAUUGUGACUUGUGGCAUCACUGCUGAAGAACAAAAAGGUGUAUGUGUGGCUGCUGGAGUGCAAGUGAUAGAUUCUCCACUGCUGACUCAGCAGAUUGAAGCUCAGCGACUCAGUUUAAAACACCUGAAGAACGAGAACAACAGACUUAAGGCAGAAAAGAUGCGUGCUCAGCUGGCAUCUCUUCCUCCUCUGAACGUUCCAAAACUGGGCUGGCGAGAGGGCUGCAGGCCGGAGGUGCUGUCCAGCGCUCUCUACCGCAAAACAGACCAACUGCUGGAUACUCUCCUCCAGAUGAGUGCCAAUGUCAAAGUGGUGGACAUCACUGGGAAAUCUCCAGUGAGUCCCAGUGCGCAGCUCCUAGAGCAAACCGCAAGACUGCAGUCGCUCAGUGACACUCUCGAUAGGCUUAAGGAUGAGGUUGCUGAACAUGUAGUGACUCACAGGCCCGGUGCUCAAGUCUCGUCUGAUUUCGCCACUUUUCCCUGCGCUUCCUUUGUGAAGGCAAAGGAGGAGAAGAAAGGAGAUGCUGUGCUGGUUGGUCGUGUGAUGAUGCCUUGCACGCGAGGACAGGAACAGGUGCAUCGUCUGGUGCUUUCAAACACACAGUUACAAAGAGUUCAUCGCCUUCUCCAGACUUAAAAUAAUCCCAAAAAACCAAACUUGCUCACAUUCAGUCUUCAAAACACACGUUGAAACAACAGAUGGUGACUGUAUCUACGGUUUGACAAGCCCACACAAGUCAAGCAUUUUGAGUCCUUUGAAUAUAAUUAUAUCUACCACACCAAAAUCUGUACAAUUAUACAAAAAGGCUAGACAUGCUGAGGACGUUUUAACUAUUAGACUUUAUUAACAUGGCAUGAAAUGGAUGAUUCAGCACGAUCCCUGCUGCUUUAUAUCGGCAUACAUUUAAUAACUUUCUUUCUCUUCCUGAUUUGGAUUCCCAUUGAUCCAUGUUUACAAGUAUUUACCUAAAAUGAUUAAAGUUCAAACUGUGUGUGUUUAAUUAGUGUUGCUUCCUAAGUGAUUACACUUAAAAUUUUCAACUGAUAGACAAUAAAACAGGAAAAAUUACUAAUAAAAUGGAAGUAGAGAUCCGAGCAUUAUGAUUUGACUAGGAAACAACCACCUAGGAAUUACAUCACAACAUAUUAAAGAGCAAUUUACAGGGGUCAUAUGAUGUGAUUUAAAUUUUUAUUUUCUCUUUGGAGUGUUACAAACUCUUGGUGUAUAAAAAAGAUCUGUAAAGUUGCAAAGACUAAAGUCUCAAAUCCAAAGAGAUAUUCUUUAUAAAAGUUAAGACCCCCUUAAAAUACCUUGUUUAAACACGCCCCCACAUGUCUAUGUCAUGAUGUGGGAAGAUUUGCAUAACACUGCCCAAAUGUUUACGAAAAGAAAGAAGGCGUGACUUUUAUGCUAGCUGUUGCCGCCAGCGCUAUGUUGUGGACAAGCUGUGUGUUUUGUUGUGAAAGAGGACACAACUAGAAAUCAGUUGUUAAGUUUUAUUUACAGAACCGUUUCAACCCAAAUAUACAGAUGUGUGCAACAUCUGAACCUUUCCUGAACCUGCAGAUUAGCCUACAGUGCGUCUGUGCACAAAGCUGUUUCUGUAAAGUGAGGCAGUUGUAACAUUGCAAGGAUAGUCCGGCGCUUCAGACUCACAGCCUAUAAGUACGUUUUCAGUAAUUAUGUCCCCACUGGAUGCAACAAAUGUCUCGUUUAUAAUGAGUUUGUACUGUUUUUGGCAUGUCGUGCCGGUACCCAGUAUUGUAAGGGACAUAACUUUUCUGUCACAUGCUUGAGGCAUUUGGCCAAUCACAACGCACUGGAUAGCUGGCCAAUCAGAGCACACCUCGCUUUUCAGAAUGAAGAGCUUUCUAAAAAGCAUUGCUUUUCUGAAGGCAGGGCAUAGAGGAGCAACAAUAAUGUACAUUAUAUAGAAAAUAAUGUGUUUUUUGAAACUUAAACCGCAUAAACACAUUGCAUUGCUAAAAAGAAAAUUAUUUGGUGUAAUGUCAUAUGACCCCUUUAAAAUCUUUAUAAGCAUCUCUCUGGCAACUACCUGAAGGACUCUAUUAUGGCAUCAAGUUCUGCAUGCACAAGCAUUGCUUACAUUAGUUUAAUUAAAAAAAGUUAUCUUUUGUGGUUGUCCAACAAAUUUUCAUGGGCAAAAUCCAGUAAUUUAAACUGGGAAUCCACCUGAUUUGAAAUUUUCCAAGAGGGCGAAAGAUUUACCCAUUCAAAUUGGCCACGUGGAUUCAUUACAUUGAUCAGCAGAAAGCUGCUUGCUUCAUACAUUCCUAAACUUAUGACAAUAAUCAAUGUAGCUUUUUUGAUUACAAAAUUUCACUAAAGUGACCUCAUCUAAAUUAUCAAUCGUUUCACACAUAAAGUUUAGUAUCAAACCUAUGAUUUCUCAUUUUUUACAUGCAGUGUUUACAGACCAUUCUGAAUCAGGAGGCCAAAGGUUAACAAAAACCCAAUUUUUGGGUUAUAUUUAUCUAUUGUAACUGCAAACAAGUACACUAUAAAUGACUCAACUUAGGACUGCUACAUUUUUGUCUUUAAAACAAAGAUGCCACUAUUAUUUCUUUGCACAGUCCUCUUCAUAUUCUCAAAACAGUUACUCGAGUAUAAGUCAGGAAAGAUAAUAUGCUCUCAUUCGUCUUUCAUAUAUACUAUAAUCUAUAUAUAUAUAUAUAUAUAUAUGACUGUGAUGCUUGAAUGUGUCAUGCCAAUGUGCUUCUGUAAAGGAAAUACAAUACACAUUUAAAUGAAUGAUCAGAUUUAGUGUCAGGCAAGGGCAGGAUAUCAUCAGGUGAAUGCUUCUGUGGGCAAAACUGUUGUAUAUUUGCUCCAAGAGAUUGUCAGUAUUCAAGUGGUCUUAAAUUAGCAAUGGUUUGCUUUAUAACUAUUGUACAAGUCACUAAUCUAUUAACUGUAUAAAAUGCAUACUGUUGCUUACAGUAUUGUUGAAUGUGUUGGCAUCUUAUGUUUAAUGUGUCAAUUAAAUGUCAGAAAUUGUUUGAAUUUA